AUGACCUCCCUCUCCAACGGCCAUGCCGUUGACUCUCAAGAAAAAGCACAAGCACAAGCUACCCGCCGUCGCAUCGAAUACCACGAGGCCGAUGUCGUGAUCAUUGGCGCCGGUAUUCUGGGAUGUGCCCUCGCAGUCGCAUUGGGAAGACAAGGCCGAAGUGUGAUCCUACUCGAAUCAUCCAUGAAGGAACCCGAUCGCAUUGUCGGUGAACUACUUCAACCCGGUGGCGUGCAAGCGCUGGAAAAAUUGGGCCUGUUGGAGUGUCUGGAAGGAAUUGAUGCAAUUUCCGUGAAAGGAUACUAUAUCUCAUAUUUCGAAGAUCCUGUCAACCUCGAUUACCCUCGCGAGACGCCCUCCUCGCCGGAACCCCGCGGCCGUGCCUUCCACCAUGGUCGCUUCGUUAUGAAAUUGCGCCAGGCUGCGCUGGCUUGUCCCAAUGUUACGGUUGUUGAGACAAAGGCCACAGGAUUGGUUACUUCGACACAUACGCAGCAGGUCCUCGGCGUUGAAUGUGUUACGGAUGACAUGAAGGACUGCUAUUUCGGUCAACUUACUGUCGUCGCUAACGGCUACGAUACGAAAUUCCGCGAUGGUCACCACCCCCACAAACCCAGCCGCCGUUCCAAGUUCUGGGGCUUGGAAAUGAUCGAUGCACCCCUCCCCUCCCCUUGCUAUGGUCACGUACUUCUCAGCGAUAUCCCGCCGGUAUUGAUGUACCAGAUUGGCACCCACGAGACCCGAAUCCUGAUCGAUAUCCCGGAUAACCUCCCCGCUGCAUCGGUGAAGAAUGGUGGUGUGAAGGGCUACAUGCGGAAUUCCGUUCUGCCUUCCCUUCCAAAGGAGUGCCAGGGUCCAUUCCUGGAUGCCUUGGAAAAGGGACAAUUGCGGUCUAUGCCAAACUCGUUCUUGCCCGCAUCCACCAAUAAGACAGCUGGUCUGAUGAUUCUGGGUGAUGCGCUUAACAUGCGGCAUCCAUUAACGGGUGGUGGAAUGACUGUGGCAUUGAAUGAUGUCUGCGUGAUCCGCGAGCUGCUCAGUCCGGAAACUGUGCCGUCGUUUGAAGACACCGAACUGGUCUUGAAGCAACUUGCUCGUUUCCACUGGCUAAGAAAGAAGUCUUCUACCGUUAUCAAUAUUCUCGCACAGGCUUUAUACAUGCUGUUCGCCGCUGAUGAUGUGAAUCUUCGAGCUCUGCAGCGCGGCUGUUUCCGUUAUUUCCAAAUCGGUGCUGUUGAUCAGCCUGUCCUGAUGCUCGCUGGUCUCCUCAAACAACCUCUAGUCCUCGUCAGACACUUCUUCACUGUUGCUUUCCUCGCUAUCUGGGUCCUUUUCCGCGAAACCCCAGUGACUCAGCUACUCAUGUUCCCCUUCCGAUCUAUCAUGGUCUUCUGGACAGCCUGCAUCGUCAUUGUCCCAUACAUUCUUGCCGAACUUUGGUCUUAA